AUGAAGUUCCUCCAGUCAAUUGGUCUCGCUGCUACGGCCGCUGCUCUCGUCUCGGCUGUCCCAACUGCCCAAGAUGCUUCAGCAAAGAUCGCCCGUGAUCUUCCUCUGGUUGAGUCGAACAAGCUCCGCCGUGUGCUUCUUCGCUCGGAGUUGUUGAAGAAGGCUGCUCACCUCGAGGGCCUCGCCUACGCAACCCCAAACAGGAACCGAUUGAUUGGUACUCCAGGCCACCAAGCCACAAUUGACUGGAUCAAGUCCAUCAUUGGUGGUUUCUCAGACUACUACACUAUCUACGAGCAGAAAUUCACGUUGUCUCUCGGUGUCAGCGCCAACCUCACAAACAAUGCCGUCCCAAUGGAGGUCUUUGCUGUUGGUCUCGCACCAGCUGGAGAUGUUACCGGUCCAUUGGUCUACGUGCCAAACCUUGGAUGCACAACCGCCGAUUUCGCUAAAGUUACUCCUGGCUCAAUUGUUCUUGUCGGACGUGGAAACUGCAAGUCUGGUAUUAAGGAUGCUCUCGCCUCUACAGCCGGUGCCGUCGGUAUGCUCGUCUACAACAACGUCGAGGGAAGUCUCGAGGGUUACGGUCUUCAAUUGAUUGCCACCAAGGAGGGAUCCUACGUCCCAGCCGGUGGUAUUUCCAUGGCUGAGGGAAAAGCUCUUCAAGCCAGAGUUGAGGCCGGUGAGACUGUUGUCGCCCACCUCAGCACCACCACCGAAGAUACCGACACCUAUAAUGUGAUUGCUGAAACCAUUGCUGGUGAUCACGAUAACGUUAUCUUCAUGUCUGGUCACUCCGACUCUGUCGCUGCUGGCCCUGGUAUCAACGACAACGGAUCUGGAACCAUCUCUCUUCUCGAGGUUGCUACCCAAUUGACCAAAUUCAGCGUCAAGAACGCUGUCCGAUUUGCCUGGUGGGCGGCUGAGGAGGAGGGACUUCUCGGUGCUGACUACUACGUCUCCCAAGCUUCUCAAUCCGAGCUUGACAAAAUCCGUCUCAUGCUCGAUUUCGACAUGAUGGCAUCGCCCAACUACGCUUACCAGGUUUAUGACGGAGACGGAAGCGCCUAUGGUGAGUCCGGACCACCAGGAUCUGCUGAGGCCGAGCACGAGUUCGAGCGAUACUUCGCUCAGGAGGCUGGUCUUAACUUCACCACCAUCGAGUUUGACGGUCGUUCCGAUUACGGACCAUUCUUGGCUGCUGGUGUCGCUACCGGUGGUAUCGCCUGUGGUGCUGAGGGUAUCAAGACCGUCGAGGAGGCUGCCAUGUUCGGUGGAAAGGCUGGUGUUGCUUAUGAUGUCUGCUACCACUCUGCUUGCGACAAUGCAAGCAACGUCAACGUUGGUGCUUGGAUCCAGAUGACCAAGGCUAUUGCCCACAUGACUGCUACUUUCGCACGCAGCUUCGAUCUCCUCCCACCUAAGACUGUUCAAGCCAAGGCGAAAAGAAUGGCUAUGGCCAAGGCUAUGAGCGACAAGGCCACUGGCAAGUUGGACUGGUAG